AUGGCCGACCCAGUCCUGAGAACCGCUUCUCCCUACACUGAUCCAUCCGUCAAAGGCCCCAAGUCACAGCAGCUUACCAACGGCCAUUCCCAUUCUCUCCUCCAGCACAGCAAGAUGAUUGCCAACAACAAAGUCAAUAAGACCGCCCUUCACCCUAGUGGUGUAGAGCCCCACCAUGAAAGGGAACACACAGAACUAGAGGAGGAACUCCAUGAAAAGGCACACAUAGACUACGACCGAGUCGCCAUUAUUCCCAACCCUUCAGUUGCCGCCUUGUACGAAGAUGCUCUUGUAUACGAGAUGGGCUCAGCCAUUUCGUCGAGCGGUGCGUUGACAGCCUACUCCGGCGCGAAGACUGGCCGAUCACCCUCAGAUAAGAGAAUCGUCAGGGAACCGUCAUCAGAAAAGGAUGUCUGGUGGGGACCCGUCAACAAACCAAUGGCUCCUGAGGUCUGGAAAAUCAACCGUGAGCGCGCAGUUGAUUACCUGAACACCCGAACGAGAAUCUAUGUUGUCGACGGUUAUGCGGGCUGGGAUGAGAAGUACCGAAUCCGUGUCCGAGUUAUCUGUGCUCGUGCCUACCAUGCCUUGUUCAUGCGCAACAUGCUCAUCCGUCCCCCGCGGGAAGAGCUAGAGCACUUCCACCCCGACUACACGAUCUACAAUGCCGGAAGUUUCCCAGCCAACAGAUACACCGAAGGAAUGACCUCGGGAACCUCAGUCGCCAUUAACUUUGCCGAAAAGGAGAUGGUCAUCCUCGGUACCGAGUACGCAGGCGAGAUGAAGAAGGGCGUCUUCACCGUACUGUUCUACGAAAUGCCCAUCAUCCACAACGUGCUCACUCUUCACUCGUCCGCAAACGAAGGAAAGAAUGGAGAUGUCACGCUUUUCUUCGGCUUAUCUGGUACCGGCAAGACCACCCUCUCAGCCGACCCUAACCGAGCUCUGAUUGGUGACGACGAGCACUGCUGGAGUGAGCGAGGCGUCUUCAACAUUGAGGGCGGUUGCUAUGCCAAGUGCAUUGGCCUAUCAGCUGAGAAGGAACCAGAUAUUUUCAAUGCCAUCCGCUUCGGCUCCGUCCUUGAGAAUGUUGUGUUUGACCAGGAGACUCGAGAAGUCGACUAUGACGACGCCACCCUUACUGAGAACACGAGAUGCGCGUACCCCAUCGAGUACAUCAGCAACGCUAAGAUUCCCUGCUUGUCGGAAAACCACCCCAGCAACAUCAUUCUCCUGACUUGUGAUGCUCGUGGUGUAUUGCCGCCGAUAUCGAAGCUCGACAGUGCCCAGACAAUGUUCCACUUCAUUUCUGGUUACACAUCCAAGAUGGCCGGAACUGAAGACGGUGUAACAGAACCUCAAGCGACAUUCUCAUCUUGCUUCGCUCAACCCUUCCUUGCUCUUCACCCCAUGCGAUACGCCAAGAUGUUGGCAGACAAGAUAGAAAAGCACUCCGCCAACGCCUGGCUCUUGAACACCGGCUGGGUUGGUGCCGGCUACGUCCACGGCGGUAAGCGAUGCCCGCUCAAAUACACCCGCGCCAUCCUGGAUGCCAUCCACUCCGGUGACCUCGCGAAGGCGCAGUACGAGACCUAUGAUGUCUUCAACCUCCAGGUCCCCACGUCGUGCCCUGGCGUCCCCGCAGAGCUUCUCAACCCCAAGACUGCCUGGACUGCGGGAGCGGACAGCUUCGACCAAGAGGUCAAGAAGCUAGGAGGAUUGUUCAUUGAGAACUUCAAGAAGUACGAAUCAGAAGCUACUGACGAGGUCAAGGCGGCGGGUCCAGUUGUUUAA